UAUUUUGAUUAGAUAAAAACACAAAUGCAAUUAUUAUUGUUAUUUAAACAACAUCACACAGAGGGUCGUAAAUUUAAUUCUUCUUUUUUGUUUGUUUUAUUGUGUCUACUCUACAUAUUAUGUCCCUCGUGCAGUGUUUGUAAUAAAACAAAAAUAUAGUAAUUGAAUUUUGAAGUGGCGGUUUUGGUUUUAUGUGAAAAACAUUUGUUUUUGAAAAUUUAGUUGGAAAUUCAAAAAUUUUUUAAAACAUUACAUACUUUGUCUCGCGAAAUAGUUUCUUUUUUCUUAUCUGCAUACCUUAUUACAUAUUCGACGAUUAAUGUUUUAAGCCGAAUUCAAAAUGGUUGAAAUGGAAAAGAAUACCAGUGAAAAUCAAGAAUUCAUUGUUAAGUACAAACAAGACUACUAUGAUAUAACAAGAUUUAUGAAAAAACAUCCGGGAGGAAUUAACACACUUAAGGGUCUCAAUAAAGGAGAUAUGACAGAGAGAUUUAUGAAAGCUCCACCACAUUCCGAUGCUGCAAUGUACUUAAUGAACGAGUAUAAAAUCAAUAGUGAUACAAUACCAAAGGAUGGGAACAAAAUACCCAAUGGUGAUAAUAAUAAUAAUCUGAUAGAUAUGAAGCUAGAUGACACUAUGGAGCACUUGGUGGAUUGGAAUAAAGCAAUGGUUCCUCAGAUUGCAAAAAUCACCGCACAUUAUGAUGAAUGGGUUCAUAAGCCAGUCGACCGGCCGCUACGUCUGUUCGAGCCAUGGUACUUGGAGGCGUGCACAAAAACUCCUUGGUGGGUGGUGCCAACCUUUUGGAUUCCAGUCAUAUUCUAUUGUAUAGUCGAUAGAUUUUCAGAUAGCUGGCAGAAAUCUGAGUAUACAAAGCUUUUUGGACUUUCAGUCUAUUUUUCUAUUGGAAUUCUGUUUUGGACUUUUCUCGAGUAUUCCCUUCAUCGCUGGCUUUUUCACAUGAGCACGAAGGAUACUCAGAGUAGUACUGUGUGUACACUUCAUUUUAUGCUCCACGGUCUGCAUCACAAAGUACCUUUCGAUCCCCUUCGAUUGGUAUUUCCACCUUUGCCAGGAGUUAUUCUAGCUUCAAUCCUCUAUUUGCCACUUAGCUUUAUGCUACCCAAUCCAAGGGUUGUCCUCGGAGGAGCAUUAUUCGGCUACCUGUGCUAUGACAUGAUGCACUACUAUCUUCAUUAUGGCAGCCCAACAAGGGAACAUUUGUAUUAUAUGAAGAGAUACCACUAUCAACAUCAUUUUACCCACCAAGAUCAAGGCUAUGGCAUAAGUAGUCCUUUGUGGGAUUUUGUAUUCAACACAAGAAUUCAUUUGCGAAAAUUGCGAUACAUAUUAAAAUGGAAAUAAGUUAAACAUUGUUUCAUGAUGAUGAUGACUUUAGGAUUAAAGUUUUAGUUAUUAAGUUAUUUAAAUUGUUGUUAAAUUUUAGAUUAUUAUACACAUUCAUAUAAUAUAUAGUAUAUAAAACAUGACUGCUUGCAGUUGUUUAACUCCUUUAUAGCGAGUUCCUCUGCCAACAAUUAUACGGGACGAUUUAUUUAUUUAAAUAUGAACAAACAUUGUGUGCCUCUAAUCAAAACACGUUAUUUUGUACCAAUAGUGUCUUAAAACUCUUUUUGAAAAAAAAAACAGAAAAUAGAAAUAAAAAUAAAAUUAACGUGAAAUAUGAGAA